ACAAAUGAAACAUCAUCUCCGCCUUCAUCGACUACAGGGACAUCCACAUCUACAGCUACUACACAAACAUCAACUACAAAUGAAACAUCAUCUCCGCCUUCAUCGACUACAGAGGCAUCCACAUCUACAGCUACUACACAAACAUCAACUACAAAUGAAACAUCAUCUCCGCCUUCAUCGACUACAGAGACAUCCACAUCUACAGCUACUACACAAACAUCAACUACAAAUGAAACAUCAUCUCCGCCUUCAUCGACUACAGAGACAUCCACAUCUACAGCUACUACACAAACAUCAACUACAAAUGAAACAUCAUCUCCGCCUUCAUCGACUACAGAGGCAUCCACAUCUACAGCUACUACACAAACAUCAACUACAAAUGAAACAUCAUCUCCGCCUUCAUCGACUACAGGGACAUCCACAUCUACAGCUACUACACAAACAUCAACUACAAAUGAAACAUCAUCUCCACCUUCAUCGACUACAGAGGCAUCCACAUCUACAGCUACUACACAAACAUCAACUACAAAUGAAACAUCAUCUCCGCCUUCAUCGACUACAGAGGCAUCCACAUCUACAGCUACUACACAAACAUCAACUACAAAUGAAACAUCAUCUCCACCUUCAUCGACUACAGAGGCAUCCACAUCUACAGCUACUACACAAACAUCAACUACAAAUGAAACAUCAUCUCCGCCUUCAUCGACUACAGGGACAUCCACAUCUACAGCUACUACACAAACAUCAACUACAAAUGAAACAUCAUCACCUUCAUCGACUACAGGGACAUCCACAUCUACAGCUACUACACAAACAUCAACUACAAAUGAAACAUCAUCACCUUCAUCGACUACAGGGACAUCCACAUCUACAGCUACUACACAAACAACAACUACAAAUGAAACAUCAUCGCCUUCAUCGACUACAGAGACAUCCACAUCUACAGCUACUACACAAACAUCAACUACAAAUGAAACAUCAUCUCCGCCUUCAUCGACUACAGGGACAUCCACAUCUACAGCUACUACACAAACAUCAACUACAAAUGAAACAUCAUCUCCGCCUUCAUCGACUACAGGGACAUCCACAUCUACAGCUACUACACAAACAACAACUACAAAUGAAACAUCAUCUCCGCCUUCAUCGACUACAGAGACAUCCACAUCUACAGCUACUACACAAACAUCAACUACAAAUGAAACAUCAUCUCCGCCUUCAUCGACUACAGAGACAUCCACAUCUACAGCUACUACACAAACAUCAACUACAAAUGAAACAUCAUCUCCGCCUUCAUCGACUACAGAGACAUCCACAUCUACAGCUACUACACAAACAACAACUACAAAUGAAACAUCAUCUCCGCCUUCAUCGACUACAGGGACAUCCACAUCUACAGCUACUACACAAACAUCAACUACAAAUGAAACAUCAUCUCCGCCUUCAUCGACUACAGAGACAUCCACAUCUACAGCUACUACACAAACAUCAACUACAAAUGAAACAUCAUCUCCGCCUUCAUCGACUACAGAGACAUCCACAUCUACAGCUACUACACAAACAUCAACUACAAAUGAAACAUCAUCUCCGCCUUCAUCGACUACAGAGACAUCCACAUCUACAGCUACUACACAAACAUCAACUACAAAUGAAACAUCAUCACCUUCAUCGACUACAGAGACAUCCACAUCUACAGCUACUACACAAACAUCAACUACAAAUGAAACAUCAUCACCUUCAUCGACUACAGGGACAUCCACAUCUACAGCUACUACACAAACAUCAACUACAAAUGAAACAUCAUCACCUUCAUCGACUACAGGGACAUCCACAUCUACAGCUACUACACAAACAUCAACUACAAAUGAAACAUCAUCGCCUUCAUCGACUACAGGGACAUCCACAUCUACAGCUACUACACAAACAUCAACUACAAAUGAAACAUCAUCUCCGCCUUCAUCGACUACAGUGACAUCCACAUCUACAGCUACUACACAAACAUCAACUACAAAUGAAACAUCAUCUCCGCCUUCAUCGACUACAGUGACAUCCACAUCUACAGCUACUACACAAACAUCAACUACAAAUGAAACAUCAUCUCCGCCUUCAUCGACUACAGGGACAUCC